AUGGAGCGCUAUGGUGACAAGAUAGUUACCCUGGACGUAUGUAACGAAGUAUUUGAGGACUCUGGGGAAUCUGGAGAGUUCCGAAAAGACAGCCUGUGGUACAAAGCCCUAGGAGAAGACUACAUCGAGUUAGCUUUCCAAUUUGCUCGAAAAGCUAAUCCCAAGGUCAAGCUAUAUAUAAAUGAUUUCAGUGUUGAAGGUAAAAAUAAGAAGUCCGAUGCUUUAUACAACUUGGCAAAGAAAUUAAAGAGUAAGAAAUUACUUGAUGGGGUCGGAUUCCAAGCUCAUUUCAUUGUCGGACAGGUUCCUAAUGACAUGCAACAAAAUCUCAAGAGAUUUGGCGACUUGGGUUUGGAAACAACUAUUAGUGAACUCGAUAUCAGAAUGAAGGUACCACCCUCAGAGGCAGAUAUGAAACAACAGGUGGAAGACUAUGUCAAAGUAGUCAAAAUCUGCAAAGCGCUCAAAUCGUGUCCAGGGAUAAUUGUAUGGGGUGUUGCCUACCCGGAUUCAUGGAUCCCACAAGAAUUCUCCGGAUACGGAAACGCACUGUUGUUUGAUAACGAUUACAAGCCAACGAAAGCCUUCAAAGCUGUUCGACAAGAACUUGAUUCGGGAAAGAACAGAGACGACACCCAAAAAGAAACCAAAGUUUAG